AUGGGGUUGUUCUCCCUUUGGGACCAGCUAGUAGACUGCAUCUGCCGUCCGCCUAGGGACGUGUACGAGGAGACGGACCUGGUGGGAGGGACGCGGAAGGCGUUCAUAAUCGGCCGGCGGCGAUUUGUGCGGAAUGACGUCGAAAUCAUCAACAAACGGGGCAAGAAGCUCAAGUGCUCGCACCACUACCCCCACGGGCUGCCCGCGGGCACGAAACUGCCGUGCGUCGUGUACUGCCACUGCAACAGCGGGUCGCGGAGAGACUCCGAGGAAGCGAUAUUCACGCUCCUUCCGCAAGGAAUCUCCGUCAUGGCGCUGGACUUCGAGGGGAGUGGGCAGAGUGAGGGGGAGUGGGUGACGCUGGGCGCACACGAGGUCGACGACGUCGAGUGCGUCGUCAACCACCUCCGCUCCUCGGGCCUCGUCACCACCAUCGGGCUCUGGGGCCGCAGCAUGGGCGCCGUCACCGCCAUGCUCUACGCUGAACGCGACCCCUCUGUUGCGGGCAUGGUCCUCGACAGCCCCUUCAGCCGGCUCACGGACCUCAUGGUCGAGAUCGUGGAGAAGCAGGAGCUCCACGUGCCGCGGUUUGCGAAGAAGAUUGUCCUCGGGAUGAUGCGCCGGUCGGUGCGCAAGCGUGCCGCGUUCGACAUCUACACCGUGGCGCCGAUCGAGUACGCGCCGCGGGCGUUCAUUCCGGCGCUGUUCGCGCACGCGAUCGAGGACGACUUCGUGCCGGCGCACCACGGCAAGGCGCUGCACGACGCGUACGGGGGUGACAAGAACAUGGUGACCUUUGCGGGCGACCACAACUCCCCCCGGCCGCCGUUCUUCUACUCGUCGGUCUCGAUCUUCUUCCACAACGUGCUCGGUGCGCCGGAGAUCGCGCGCUCGCAGGCCGACGCCGCCGCACGCGCGCACGACGACGACCGCCUGCGCUCCGCUCCCAGCGCCACGCCCAGCGACGCCGCCACCGCGGGCCUCACGGCCGCCCCGACCGGCGAGCACGAGCUCCGACGGUCCUUCGUCGGCGAUCACAUGCGCCCGCCGGAGGUCGAGCGCCGCUACGACGAUCCCACGUCCGUGGGAUACGGCGCUGUUGCGGAGCAGGUGCGGCACCUGGCGCGCGACCGCGACAUGCAGGACCUGUCCUCGAUCCCGCACGGCCACAGCGAGCGGCAGGGGGCGGCGCAGGCCGGGUCCGAGCAGGCGUCGGUGCCGCACGCGCCCGAGCCGGCUCAGGAGCGGGGGAGUGCGCCGACGGCGGGGGGGGGGGCCGCGGGGUUGUUCGGGGAGGCGAACGGGGGCGUGGACGAGGAGGCGAUCAUGCUCGCGCGCGCGCUGGAGGAGUCGUGGAAGCUCCAGGCGGAGAAGCAGCGAGCAGCGCAGAACGGAGAGGCAGGUGACGGCGGGUGGGGCGAGGCGGAGGCGGGCGUGACGGGCGGCGCGGACGAGGGCGUGGGCUGA